AUGGCAAUCCAGACUGGCGUUCACCAUCGAACUCUUCCACGUCCCGAGUCCUGUGACCCGGAUGAUGCCGCCUACGUGGACGACGACGAGCUCAGUUCAUCUUCCGAUGACGGAUCGGACUACUCGGACUAUACUGACGACGCCGACGACUCUGAGGAUGGUUACUCGACCCCCAUGACUGAGCCGGUCUCUGACGUCGAAUCCCAUCUGCUGGCAUCACAACGACCGCAGAAAUCUCCCGCCAGCACCUCCAACCGCAGUCAGAUUCCCGCCAUAUCGCCACGGUUGCCCAAGAACCGCGAUGAACCAGACGACGACACCGAUGAAGAUAUCGCGAACGUCCCGCUGGACUAUGGCAGGUCAGGAAAAACGAAGAUCAACGGGGCGAGGAUUGAGGAACGAUGGCACAAAUAUUGUGGUGUGAAAGCGGUCGAGGACAGUGCGCUCCCUAAAUGGAGCGAUCCUGAGGUGGCCCUCCGGCAAGUGACGACGAACGAUGCUCAUCGAUUCUUGAACUACUGCAUGAAGCUCAAGCGAGGCAAAAACGACCGGCUUCUCAAAGGGAUCAAGAAAGCGAGCGCCCUCAGAGCGGAUUGGAAGUCUUUGCAAGGGUAUUAUCGAAGGAUUACACGGACCAGCUUCACUGACGUACAGAAUGAAGAGAUCAACGCGGGCAUUCGAAGUCUCAUCGAUAAAUGGAACUUGGACAUGGAGGAGCGCGAGAAAACCGGGGUGUAUGUUUCAGACUUGACUGCCUUCAAUGAAACCGUCCUCCGGACAACCGAGAAGCGAUGGCACCUGGGGUUUGAGCGGAUCCAGAUCUGCCUCUUCACCAUUCUAGGGAUUUUCACGCUCAACCGAAUCUCCGCGCUGCUCUCGCUACAGUUCAAGCACCUCCAGUUCUCGAUUCAACGAGAUCCCCUUGGCGGUCCUCCGAUUCCCAUGGUGGAACUACGCGCCGCCCACACGAAGCAAUUUCUUGGUACCGAACAGCAUAAUAACUUCCCGUUCCCUGAAGUCGUGGACGACCCAACGUUGAUCUUCAGCCCUCAUGUCUUCCUAUUCGGCAUCCUAUUUCACCUGGAUGCCUUCGAAGCUGACGGGCUUCGGUCCAUGGAAGACGUGCGUGGGCUGCUGGUUGCUGAGGGCUGUGAGCAAAUGGAGCUUUAUCUCAAGCCUGACAUCGAGGAAUAUUUUCUCUUCGCCAUGACCAAGGUGGUCGGCGGGAUUCCAACCGUGCAGUGGGAGACACCUAUCAACCCCAGUACAAUGUCCUCCCGACUGCAAACCUUGGGAGAGAUCCAUGGUUGGCUACAUACCUUCUUCGCUCACCGCAUGCGGUACGGUGGCGGGAAGAAGUUGAACGAGAGCGGCUGUGUAAGCGAAGCACAACAGAAUCUCAUCAUGAAGCACGCCUCCAUCCGCACGUUCUUAAAUCAUUAUCUACCACGGAAUAUUGACACUGACAUGCAGAAUAUCAUGAACGGUCGGAAACCCAACACGGUGUUGAUGCAUGCUAUCAGGCGCAUUAGUCGCUGGAUUGACAAGCGGCGUCCCCGAACCAUCAGCGAGCAGGACCGAGCGGAGUUGUAUCAACAUCCGGAGUAUCUGGCGGCGGUGCGCGAGCGUGAUGAGCAAGCCAUCCUCUGCCAACAGAACCCAAGUGAACAAAACCAGUCCUGGCUGAAUCAGCUGGACGCAGACGUUGAUAGAAUCUUCCGUCGCCUGUGCCGAGUCCGGAGGAAGGAAGUACGUGCAGCAUUCAGUCGGAAACAGGCAAAGAUCGAUAUUGAACGUCAACGUUCGGGGAGCGCGUUCCACAAUGAGGAAACGAAACACAACGUCCAGACGGUUGCUCAGAUACCUCCCGAAUUGAGCCGCCUCCUGGAGAAGUUAUUUACGUGGCCUACAUCCCACUCCCUUGACGAUGAGUGGGCGAGGCGGAAUGCAGCCACGAAGGCUGUCACUGAGUACUGCAGCGUAUGGGAAGGGGGACCUAUACGUGGUCGCCCAAAACGAGCUUCACCAAGCGACGACGAACUCGAUCAAAUAAAGCCGUCUAAGCGCGUGGCCAAGGCGGCACCAACAUCGAGUGUGCCAACAUCGGAUUCACGUGAUCCCUUGGAGGAAGCCAGACAACAUAUCAUUCGUGUCGGGCAGCAAGAUCGCAAAAAGCCCAACGCCGAGAAACCGAUCAUUUGUUUCCAGUGCUUCGGUAAUCAGUUGCUCCCAGAACACAAGCGCAUCCAAAAAUGGUCGAGGCCGGACGCGACAGUGCGACAUUUUCGAGACAAACAUCUUCCAGAUCGGCGGUGCAAUUUCUGCAACGACGGCGAGAUCUUUCUGCAUCAAAUGCAUUUACAAAAUCAUGCAGCGGCGGUCCAUCGCCUCGUCACCGGAUCCAGGGGAUGCUGAUCUUGUGUG